GAAGAAGAGGAGGAGGCAACCUCUGGGUAGCAGAUCUUGAAGCUUGUGAAGAGGAUGGACGAUUGAAGUUGCGGAGGCCUUAACAAAAAAAAGGCUUUGCCACGGCUCGCGGAGAUGUCUUCUGUAAAGUCUCGGCAAAACCGCUGGGAGUGGGAAGAUGAGCUGCUGAAGAACCCCGACGCUUUGCACGUUUCUUCCUUGGCUUCGAUAUGGCAGAAUUGAUCAGGGUCGCAACAAUGAAGACAUGUUGUCAUGAGCUUGGACCACUUACCUCCAUAGUGUGUCCUCACCAGUGAUGAUGCCUGCUCCCCUUGAGGACGAGUUCACACCUCUGCUGCUCCUCCUCCUCUACUGGCAGGGGACGCCAGUCUCUGCUGCCUCAUUAUGGGCCACCUGAAGCUUUCCGCAACGCUGAGAGACAACAUCCUCAUGGCGAACAAUUCCCUUGGCUCCGAGGUGCCUCCAAAUCCUAAACCAACAGUCGUGACCCCAGAGAUCCUUAACGGCAUUAGUCUAUCCUUGCAGGUUUUCUUUUGCUUUGUUAUGGUCGGGAUUUUGCUGUUUGCUCUAUUGGGGAACAUGGUGGUGUGCCUGAUGGUCUACCAGAGAUCAUCCAUGCGCUCGGCUAUUAACCUUCUCUUAGCGAGCCUUGCGUUUGCAGAUAUGAUGCUUGCCAUUCUCAACAUGCCAUUUACGCUAGUUACCGUCAUGACUACUGACUGGAUUUUUGGGGAGGUUUUCUGUCGGAUUUCAGCCAUGUUCUUUUGGCUUUUUUUAAUGGAAGGAGUGGCUGUUCUGCUUAUAAUAAGCAUAGACCGCUUUCUCAUUAUUGUCCAGAAGCAAGAUAAGCUGAGUCCACAGAGUGCCAAAGUACUUAUACUAGUCACAUGGGGAGUUGCUUUUUUUUUCUCCUUUCCUUUAGCUAUUGGUUCCCCUCGCCUACAGAUCCCCCCAAGGGCGCCUCAGUGUGUUUUUGGCUAUAGCACUCAACCAGAAUACCAUGCUUAUGUAUUAAUUUUAAUGCUAGUCUUCUUCUUUAUACCCUUCAUGGUCAUGUUGUAUACAUUCAUGGGAAUUCUAAACACCAUCCGUCACAACACAGCUCGUAUCCACAGCCACCCGGACAGUACGUGCCUGAGCCAAGCCAGCAAACUGGGCUUGCUGAGUCUGCAGAAACCCUUUCAGAUGAACAUCGACGUGAGUUUUAAGACACGUGCCUUUGCCACCAUCCUCAUCCUCUUCUCCGCGUUUACAGUGUGCUGGGCACCGUUCACGGCCUACAGUCUCGUAUCGACGUUCAAUGAUGACUUCUACAACAAAGACAGUUUUUUUCAAGUCAGCACAUGGAUGUUAUGGUUGUGCUACUUAAAAUCAGCCCUCAAUCCUAUUAUUUACUACUGGAGAAUCAAAAAAUUCCGGGAUGCUUGUCUUGAUCUCAUACCAAAGUACUUCAAAUUUCUUCCUCAGCUGCCGGGCAACACAAAGAGGCGUAUACAACCCAGCGCUGUUUAUGUUUGCGAAGGACAUCGGACUGUGGUAUAAGAGAAUCCCACAUAAAUCAAUGUUAAUUGAGCUACAUCCACACUAAACAACACACUUUAGUCUAGCUAGCUAGCUAACGUGAACUAUCGAAUAGUUACUGCUGAUGAUUUGGCCACCUUGUGGUUGUCGAGUUUUGUUGCUAACUAUUGUCCAGUUGUGUGUGUGUGUGUAUUUUAUCCAAAAUUAACCAUAAAUGAAAAAUGAGAAUAGCUAUAUAAAUGGAAGUUCAUGUGUAAUAACUACACUUUUUUUUACAGGCACUUUACAAGUGUGAUGGUAGAUGAUGCUUGCUGCAGGAAGAUGAGACAAACUGAUUAAAGUUUGAAAAUCAGCUUACUAUGGUGCCAAAAUAGUAUGUGAAUAGUGUGGUGAACUGUAGUUAAUGAAUUGGGAUUAGAAAUUAUUAUUUUAUUUCCACACAAACGACAUAUUUGCAAAAUUUCUUGUUGAUGGCCUAUUCCACAUCGAGCAUUUAGUACUUGAACGUUCCAGUGAGUAUCCCUUCCACAAUUAACUUUUGGCUUGUUGAAUGACCACUGACAGGAAUCAUGCCAUGUUUUUUGCCUUAUUACAGUUACUGUAUGUAAUAACCUAUACCCUCAGACUGCAGUAAAAUGAAAUCCAGUAAUCCCUCGUUUAUCGCGGAUAAUUGGUUCCAAAAACCACCCGUAGCACUGGGCAGGCUAACGAGUUAGCGGAAAUAUGCGAAUUCGCGAUCAUGCUAAGAUCCGAAAAUGGACUUCUAAAUGAAUGUAAGACACGUUAGACACGUUUCCUCAGUUUAGAAGUUUUAUUUUGACUUUUUAAUGUUUUUUUAAUUUGGAAAAAAAAAAAUCUGUGAUAUAGUGAAGCCGCGAUAAAUGAAACGCGAAGUACCGAGGGAUCACUGUACUUCUAAUUGAAUUGCGUGAUGCAUUUAAUAAGUGUUGUACUUUGUUUUUGAUAUUUUAUUACGAAGGCAGGCUGUUAUUAGGUUUGAACUGGCCUUACAUUUUGAAGUUUGGUGUCAUGAAACAAAUAGCAUUGAGUUUAACUGCAUAGAACAGACUUUAUCUAAGGUGAAUAUUGCCGUUUUUAUGGCUCUCUUUGGACCUCCUACACACUUUUCUUUUUUUAACUGCCUUUAGAUGUGCCUGUUUAGUCUGAACGCUGCUCUAUCUCAUGGUGAGACUGUGCAAUUGUACUGUACAUUACUGUACUGUUGAUUGUAAUAAAGAAAUGUACAUUUCUACCUUGGUAAA